AUGAAGUGGCUGGGAGAAUCCAAGAACAUGGUGGUGAAUGGCAGGAGAAGUGGAAGCAAGUCAUCUAAUGACCAUGCGCAGAAUCAGACCAAAUUGCAGCAUGCAGGAAAGGAAAAUCCGAAGAUGGGCAAAAAUGGAGUUGAGAGAAGAUCAAGUAGAUGUAGCGGUGCUUCAGGAUUUGAGGGUCAAAGUCGUUACGUGCCUUCCUCUGGAAUGUCUGCCAAGGAACUGUGUGAAAAUGAUGACCUAGCAACUAGUUUGGUUCUUGAUCCCUAUUUAGGUUUUCAGACACACAAAAUGAAUACUAGAUUUCGACCUAUUAAAGGAAGGCAAGAAGAACUAAAAGAGGUGAUUGAACGUUUUAAGAAAGAUGAGCACUUAGAAAAAGCCUUCAAGUCCUUGACGUCAGGUGACUGGGCCCGGCACUAUUUUCUUAACAAGAACAAAAUGCAGGAAAGGUUGUUCAAGGAACAUGUAUUUAUUUAUUUACGAAUGUUUGCAACUGACAGUGGGUUUGAGAUACUGCCUUGUAAUCGGUAUUCUUCUGAGCAAAAUGGAGCCAAAAUUGUUGCAACAAAAGAAUGGAAACGAAAUGAUAAAAUAGAAUUGCUUGUUGGCUGUAUUGCUGAACUAUCAGAAAUGGAAGAAAACAUGCUGCUGAGACAUGGGGAAAAUGACUUCAGUGUCAUGUAUUCCACGCGGAAAAACUGUGCACAGCUUUGGCUUGGCCCUGCUGCAUUUAUAAAUCAUGAUUGCAGACCUAACUGUAAGUUUGUAUCAACGGGAAGAGAUACAGCAUGUGUGAAAGCUCUAAGAGACAUUGAACCUGGAGAAGAAAUCUCUUGUUACUAUGGAGAUGGUUUUUUUGGAGAAAAUAAUGAAUACUGCGAAUGUUACACCUGUGAAAGACGCGGAACUGGUGCUUUUAAAUCGAGAGUGGGAUUGCCAGCACCUACUCCUGUGAUUAACAGUAAAUAUGGACUGAGAGAAACAGAUAAACGAUUGAACAGACUUAAAAAGUUGGGUGACAGCAGCAAAAAUUCAGACAGCCAGUCUGUCAGCUCUAACACUGAUGCAGAUACCACUCAGGAAAAAGCUAAUGCAACCUCUAACAGAAAAUCUUCAAUUGGUGUAAAGAAGAACAGCAAAAAUAGAACAUUAACAAGACAGUCUAUAUCAAGAAUUCCAGCAUCCUCAGAUUCUACCUCAUCUAAACUAACUCAUAUAAAUAAUUCCAGGGUACCAAAGAGACUGAAAAAGCCUGCAAAGCCUUUACUUUCAAAGAUAAAGUUGAGAAAUCAGUGCAAAAGGCCAGAGCAAAAGAAUGCGUCUAAAAAGCUUGAAAUGGGAAAUUUAGUUCUCAAAGAGCCUAAAGUAGUUUUGUAUAAAAACUUGCCCAUUAAGAAGGAUAAAGAAUUGGAGGGACCAGUCAAAGUUGCAGUCUCUAGUGGAUGCUUAACAAGGCAUGCAGCAAGAGAACAUAAACUGAAUUCUGUGAAAGGUGCUCAUGAGCAUGGUGAUAUACCACCCUGCACAUACAUAACAAGGAGGUCAAUGAGAACAAGGAUGAAUUUGAAGGAGACCUCUGACAUAAAGCUUGAACCAAAUAUGUUGGAUAGCUACAAGAAUAAUUUGACCGGAACACAAUCGGACAUUUUAGAGCAGCAGUCUCCUGUGAUAAAUGAAAAUGACAUAGCUCAUGGACCAUCACAUAAGGGGGAGAUUAGGUGCCAGAAAAAUGAUGCAGGCAUUUCAAAAAAGAAAUCUCGACAAGGAAAACUUGUGAAACCAUCUGCAAAAAUAGAAGAAACUAAUACUACGCACAAUACACCUGUGAAAGAUGAAGUACCAGAUUUGAUUAGUUCUCAUUCAGAUCUCGGAGAGAGGAAUAACAUGGUGGACACAUCUGUUGGCUAUACAGACUGUAUCCCUGGAUCUGGUGGCUGCCCUAUUGUAACAUCUGACAAUUUUAAAGUGAAAGACAGCUUUAGAACUGCAAAAAGUAAAAAGAAAAGGCGAAUCACAAGGUAUGAUGCACAACUUAUCCUUGAAAAUAGCUCUGGGAUCCCUAAACUGACUCUUCGUAGACGCCAUGAUAGCAGUAGCAAGGCAAAUGACCAAGAAAGCGAUGGAAUGAAUUCUUCAAAAAUAAGCAUAAAAUUAAGUAAAGACCAUGAAAAAGAUAGUAAUUUAUAUGUAGCAAAGCUAAAUAAUGGGUUUAACUCAGGAUCAGGCAAUAGUUCAACAAAAUUAAAAAUACAGCUAAAACGAGAGGAAGAAAACAGAGGGACGUACCCUGAGGACCUUCAUGAAAAUGGUAUGUGUUGUAUUGAAACUCGUUCCCGUGUGGAGUCAAGAAUGGAAGUAGAUGAUUAUAGUCACUAUGAAGAAGAAACAGCAGAUGAAGAUUCAUCAGAAGGCGAUAAUGAAGAGGAAGAUGACUAUGAUGAUGAAUUUGAUGACUUUAUUCCUCUUCCUCCAGCUAAGAGAUUAAGGCUUAUUGUUGGCAAGGAUUCAAUAGAUAUUGAUAUUUCUUCCAGGAGGAGAGAAGAUCAGUCUUUAAGGCUCAAUGCAUAAGCUUAUAGGUCUUAAACUGACCUGGAUGUCAUUUUUAAAAAA